AUGCAAGCACUACGAAACAGAGCCGCCUUUGCUUUACUGCAUCGUCAGCCAUCUAUACCCAUAAUAUCACGUCACCUCGCAUCGCAUUCAACCCCACAGAGCAUCAGUGAAGCCGAAUUCGACCAAAAAUACACGACAUGGCUACCAACCAUAACAUCCAAAAAAAUGCACGAAUCCGAUAUAAUCGAUGCUGGCCGAAUGCACCUGCUCGCCCUAACGCUAAACCCAAAAAACCACGAUGGACUAGAGACAUUCAUCCCGGGCAGACCCGUCCAAGAGGCUUACCACUUGACGCUAUUCCCACCACGUAUACCAGAACAGGAUCUAGCGCUUGAUGGAUAUGAUGUGAUUUGGUCGCCUCCUCAUCCGUUUACACAGCGCAUGUGGGCUGGUGGGAGCUUCGAGUUUAAUGUUGACAAUCCAUUACGUAUUGGGCAGCGUGUGUAUCAGAGUACCAGUGUGGAUAGAGUCGAACGAAAGAUGAGUAAGAAGGGCGCUGGAGCGUCGAUCUUUGUAUGGUUGAAGAAGCAGGUGUACAAUGAGGCUGGACUUGCAAUGACAGAGUUGAGGACGCUGGCUUAUAUGAAGGCUGAUCGGAAUCCUUCUGCUGCUAGGACUCUUCCAUAUGAUGCACCAUCAGACUUUUCAGCAACACACACACCAUCCCCAAUGACACUAUUUAGGUACUCGGCUCUAACAUUCAACAGUCAUUUAAUCCACUACGAUUACAAAUACUGUACAGAAACAGAGGGAUACCCAGACUUGAUUGUACAUGGACCAUUGACGUGCACCUAUCUACUGGAUUUACUGGUAAAGAACAAACCAGCGGAAGCUAGAAUCAAGUCAUUCUCGUAUAGAGCUGUAUCGCCACUGGUAGUUAAACGUCCGCUAUCGGUGCAUGGUAAAUUCGGAUCGGGUGGGAAGGAUAACUUGAUUGAGUUGUGGGCGAGGAGUGAUCAGGGGUCUUUGGCAAUGAAGGGAACUGCUGAGUUGGCAUAG